AUGUCGCUGCUCAACACCACUCUUCAGACUCUCGUGGUCCGGCUGCGCGACAUGUCCGGCAACGUGACGCAGCAGAAACUCCAUAACCGUGUGUUUGACGCCUACGAGGCUAAGUCGCUUGUCUUUCAGGCUAUUUCACCUGCACAGCAGGCCGUGAUGAAGCAAUACCGCGGCCGAAUCCCUCCACUGCACCCUGUUGGUCAGCCUCUCAUGGUGGACUCGUGGAGUGAGCUGGUGGAACUGCAUAAGCCGGACAAUGAGUAUCAGCUUCUGCCGCGGCGCGCACGCAACAACAGCGCGUACGCGGUGAUGUCGGCCAUCUGCUGCAGCGCUGGUUCGCCAUUCGAGAUGGACCACCGGCUGGAACCGGCAGACUUUAAGCUGGCGUUUAAAUCACAAGCAGAUCAUGAUGCUCGAAUGACAUUCAACCUCAAGAACACGGACAAAGUACCACAGACAAUCUUCUUAGACGGGCUGAUGGAGGCUCCAAAAGCCUCGGCACUCGUGUCGUUCCACAACGUCCUCACUCCCACACACGUGAACACCCUCGCCGGCAUAGUGCAGUUUCUCCGUGAGUGGUGCAGAGAGCCCACCGACGGAGACCGUCAUCGUCAGCUGAAGCUCUGUUUCAAGUCGCUUUUGGAGAAGCCGACACAUCUUUUUCUCGGCACCAACGCCGUACCUGGCAGGGAGCUGUUGAACUACGCAAAGGGUAAGAGCAUUUUUGUCUACGCAAAGAAGGGAAUGGAGUACCAGUAUGUUCCAUAG